CGUUACGCGAGGACUUGAGAUUAUGUCAUUCCACUAGCUUCAGUGUUUUCAUUCGUCUUAGUUUUCUCUUCUCACCAUUCAAUGAAAUUUAAUCACUAAAUUAAGACAACUCAAGUGGUUGAAUCAUUUUCAAUAUUUCGGACUGACGAUGGAAUUUUGUGUGUGUUAAAAACAAUUGUUGGGACAUGAGAUUUUCACGAAUGUGAAAGAGCUUGUGACAAUCGGCACCAAAAAAUCAGUUGAAAUAAAUUGAUAAAAAUUGAAUAAAUUGCAGUGCAAUUGCAGAUAAAUUAUUGAUAUAAUUUGCCUGAUUGAUUAGAAAUAAAUGAUGAUGGAUUGCUGAACUUGAGAAAUCAUCAGCAGAAAGACAUUACCUCAUUAUCAGAUUGAAUCGUAUCAAAGUGAUUUUAAAGUUUGAAAAGACUCCGAUUAGAAUAAAAGUGCGUGAGAGCCAGCCGAUUAUUUUUUCUCUCUGUGAUAAAAGCCUGGACAGUUAUUAUCGCCAUUGCGUCAUGCGUUAACGUCUUGGCGCUAUUUCUCCUCAUCGGCACAGUUUCAGUGUUUUUUUUUUUCCCCCCUUCUCCCUCACUGGCUAUAUUGAUGUGUAUGUGUGUGUGAUUUUUCUGGCGGCUUCUAAUCGGAGUUUGAGAAGGACGCGUGUGUGGCCACCGUUUGAACAUUCGAGAGAGCACUGAGGCAGAGAGAGAGAGAGAGCGAGAGAGGGAAUAAAAAGAGCCGGUGCAAUUUUCCACGCGGUGUGUGCCAGGGCUUGAAUAUGUCAGCUAAGCGAAAGGCCACUGCCAUCAUGCAGCACCACAAGGAAAAUAUUUCAACCCCAGAGCCUGCAGAUAUUACCGAAGACGAACACUAUUCAAGCGCGCUAAUGAAAGACGCUGAUAAGCUGAAGCUGAUGCUACUAGCUUGGAAUUAUAAUCUUCAGCAGCAGGCACAGGCACAGGCACAGGCUGCUACAGCGGCAUUAUCACCGAAUAACUCAUCAACAACAACAGCUACCACCAUUGGCACACCUGUCACCAGUCAAUCGGCCAUAUCCACGGCAAACAACACCAUUAACAACUCCACACUCACAGAUUCGAGGAAUGGUAGUGCAGAGCUCGGAGAAUUAUCUUCUGGCGGAGUGCAAAGUUUGGGGUCAGUAGCUGGAAUAGGAAGUGAGGACAUGGCGUCAUUAUGGGCAUCAUAUACAAUGGGUCUUAAAAAGACACCUCCACCUGCAUCAUCGAUGACCCCCUCACGUUCAGAGAGAGACAGAGAGUCGAGCCCGACUGGGGGUGAGGGUACAGGAAGUGCCCAGGAUGAGACAAGCAGCAGUGGCAAUAAAGAGGAUGAGGAUGACGAUGACGAGGACUCUGACGAGAGGCUGGACCCCAGACAUCACGAUCCUGAACGUCUCAAAGCAUUUAAUAUGUUCGUUAGACUCUUCGUCGAUGAGAACUUGGAUCGUAUUGUGCCAAUAUCCAAACAGCCAAAAGAAAAAAUACAGGCUAUCAUUGACAGUUGUACGAGACAAUUUCCAGAAUUUGCUGAACGAGCUAGGAAGAGAAUAAGAACGUACUUGAAGAGCUGUCGGAGAAAUAAACGGGGCAGAGAGGGGGCGCCCUGGGAUGCUGCGAGACCGACGCCGGCUCACUUGACCUCGGUACAGGCGGAGCAGAUUUUGGCAACUGCUUGUGAAAACGAGAGCGACAACGCAAAACGCAUGAGAGUCGGCCUAGAACCGGUCUCACAGCCUAUGCCCACACUCCCAGCAGCUACGCAAACGGACGUACGAGCGAGCCUCGAUCAUUUCUCAAGUACCCCAAUAAAGUCACUACCUGGAAAAAGAGAGGAUACACCACCGACAUCGUUAACAUCCCUGGCACCCCUGACUAGUUUGGCCAGUUUACCAAGUAGUACACUAGCAUCGACACCUCUUUCCCUAGCACCCGCAUCGAAGCUAUUGACGCCGACCGAUAAUAACAAGGGUCUCAUGAGUCAAGCGACGAUAGUGAGCUCGUCAUCGGUGAAUGGUGUUGCGAGCGGUGGUGCACCAACAGCCAUGUACAGGCCCAACUUCAGUCAGGCAUUUCAACGCGCUGGACCUACAUCUGUACCACCUACACUCUCCGCUGGAUUAUAUCCAACACAGAGUUUUACGUCGGGAUUAUUGAGCAACGGUACACAAAGACCAACGGAUCUCAGUAUGAAAAAUACAAAGCCUCUAUUAAGUCACAAACUCAAUGCAACGGAAAUGACAGCAGUCAGACAACUGAUAACUGGAUAUCGGGAGUCGGCAGCAUUCCUCCUCAGAUCAGCUGACGAACUCGAACAGUUACUUCUCCAACAGCCCUAGAAUUACGUAUGAGUUGAAUGAACUAUUCGAUACUCUCCACAGAUAAAUAAAAAAGGAGAAUUGUUAGUUUUUAUUUGAUCGAGGAUGUUCCUGGGAUCCUUCUCUUCCGCUGAAACGUUAUUUUCCUUCUUUACCGAUUGUCACGCCACCCAGGUAUCCGCUAUCAACGAAGCAGUUUACUCAGUAGAAAAUUGAAUUGCAUUUGUAAUUGCACUUCUUUUUUUUUUUUUAAUGAGAAAAAUGAGAAAAUUAUGAAAGAAAUAAACAGGGUGUAUAUACAGAGGAAUUACUUAAUUAAUCGUAAGAAACAGAACAAUAUGUGUAAUGAAUGUGCUGAGGGUCCUGAGUGAUCACAAGUAGUUUGGCUUGGUCUGAUUGUGCGUCAAUUUACCAUAAGAAUGAAAAAUUCCCCAAAAUUGAGCUGAAUCGAAGAAGAAAGGAGCUCCGAUUCAUAAAUUUGUGUGGAUUGAUCAUAAAAUACUUCUCUCAGUGAUCAAACAUUGCAUUUACCUGCAGAUUGAACAAAGUAAAUGAAUGAAUCUCGAAUUGACAGAGAAAAAAAAAUUUCAUCGGUGUCAUUACGCAUUAGUUUAUGUAUAUAUUACUAUGCAGAAAUGUGUAGAGGAAUGUGACUUUUGUGAUUGUUCACUGAAAUUGCAAUGAAGAGAGCGACAAAAUUAACAAACUCAAAACGAAUCAAUUGAGGCGAUUGGGGGGACCAUUUUGUCACGAUCGUACAAUAUAUGGAAUUGUGGUCACCACAUACACAUCACUGUGCUACCAAAGAACAAAAAACAAUUCAUAAAUGGUAAAUACAUGAUUGAACAACAUAGUAAUAAAUCAUUAAGUCAUAAAUAGAAGAAUUAGAGUUUUUUUUUCCUUUUUCUUUCAAAUGCAUUUUAUUAUUAUUUUUUUUUUCUUAUAAUUUUUAUUGAGAGUUUAAUUAUGCGUACAAGAGGUACUUCAGAGGAGACGAAUGACAAAAUAAUAAAAUAAUUGGAAUUGGUUUCGUCCGCGUAAUCGUUAGCUUUUAUUCAAAUCGUUGUUUUGUACAUAGUUUAUAUCGGAUGGAGUGCAUAUAUAAUAUUAAAUAUAGUGGCAUAAAGUUUUGAUUGAGAAUAUUCGCUCCUUAAUGAGGCACCAAAAGUGUGAGGCCAAGUGAGUGAAAUAUGAAAAGAAGAGAAAUAUAUUACAGUGGAUAUUAAAUAUUAAUGGAACUAUUAUCGAAUUUCAACAGUGAGAUAACAUUCCACCUAACGUCAUGAUAAUAGAAUAUUUAAGUUGAAUAAAUUGAGAAAAUGAGGAAUUCAAACUAUCAUCCGACUGUUUUUGUUCGCAAAAGUAUAAUUGAGCUGAAAAUAAAAUUACUUUAUCAUUUCAUUGCGACGAAUUUAUAGGAGGCAAAAUUAUUAGAAAUUGUUGGAGAUUAUAUUCCUAUUUGAUGCAUAAUGUGUAAUUAGAUAUGUUGUUAGAUUAAAUUAUUUGUUCAUUCUGAAUGCGAAGCAAACUAUUAUAAAGAAUUUACUUUGAAUUGAAUUUUAUGUCUUAUAAAUCCCAAAAAAAGCAUUUUCUAAUGGGGAACUAUGUAGUCUGUAAUAAUGCUUCACAAUUUUUAAACAUUGUCGUGCCUCGCAAAAAAAAAUAUCCAACUUUACUUAAAUUUCACGAAAUUCAUGUACUAAAUCGUUUGAUUCUUGAUUUCAUUCUCAUGACAUCUCUUAGUUUAAAUUUUCACCAGUCAUGACUUCUCUAGGGAGAAACGAGGAAUUUAAAAAAAAAAGCAGGAUAUUCAAUACAUGCACAAUGUAACUACAUAUUUCAGCCAAUUUUUCCAAUACACGUAGACUCUGCGCCGAUAUUUCUUGCGAUUACUGGAACCUUGUGGUCCAAUGAAAAGUGAAAAAUCCACUCAAGUCAUUACUGUCGAGUCAUGUCGGCGUUCGAAUUAGUUUAAAUACAGAUUAAGAAACAAUUGAAAUUCUCGUGAUUAGUAAUAACCAAUGGCAUAAGUGCUUCAUUCAUAAAAAAAAAAUUUACUAUUCGAACCAAUUGUCCUAUUGAUUAUCACUCUUUACGUUUUCAAACCCCUUUUAUAUCUGUAUAUAAUGGCAGUUCAAAUAACUACACUCUCGGACUUUGAUCAUUUAAUUUACUUUGUAUUUCAAGUCGCUACAAGGAACCAGGGACGAGUUUCUCAAGCGACUCGUCUGUCGAAGUUUGGGGAAUUUCUCUGUGAUAAAAUAAUUGAGGGGACAAACAUUUAAAGUUAAAUAAAAAAAAAACCAACAAAUUUUUCCAUCGAGACUUAUCGCCGAAAUUUUUAUAAACUGUAAUAAAUUGCACAUUGACAAACCUUAUUGUUUUCUGUUUCUUUUCAUUAACUUAUAACUCUUUCCUUUGGUCUACGUUAUCAUUGAGGGUCAAUGGAGUGUGCGAUAGGAUCUAUUUAUUAUUCAUUAAAAAGUAAAACUCUCGUUCGAUUGUGCCAUGACUAAGUUUUUCCUUUAUACGUCAAUUUCUGAGGAAUUUAAAACAUUUUAUUUUCCAAUUACUCAUUCAGUGAGGUAUAAGUAAAUGUAAAGAACACAUGAGAUUGUAAUAAUAAAUCGCGCUCUAGAGUGAACAAACGAGGCACUUAGAAAUUUAGAAUUAAAAACAAAAACGAUGAAAACAAAGAAUAAAAGAAUAAUUGUAAAAAAAAAAAAUUAUAAAGGACGAAAGGACGGUAGAUAAUUCUGGUGAAUGGGAUGGAUAAUGAAGAGAAAUAUGAAAGUUUCCCUUCCUUAAUUCAUACGGGUUAAAACUGAAGGGAAUAAAAAAGAAAAGAAGAGGAAAAAAUCGGCAGCUCAUAUUAAUCGCGAAUUGAUGUAUAUUGAUAAAAACAUGUAUUUGUUCCUGAAAAAAAAA